AACGAAAAUAAACAGGUUAUUUUAGUUGCCAAAUCUAAAUUUAGUAAAUUUAAACUCUUCUUUAAAAAUAGACGUUCAAGAGAAUCGGGAAUGUGCCAGAACCUCAAUCUUUCAGUAUAAAAAAAGGGAGCACGUCGUUUUAUCCAAAAAUAAAGUAAUCGCGACGCAUCAUAACCUAUAAAAUAACGAAAAAAGUGUGAAGAUUGUGAUAAAAAUGGGCACCAACGAAGUAGAGGAAGCUCAGAAAUACAAGGAAGAAGGAAACGAAGCAUUCAAGAACAACAACUGGGACCUUGCCAUCAAGCUGUACACCAAAGCAAUACACCUAACACCGAACGAAACUCGAGAGCUUUCAGUGUACCACAAAAACAGAGCGGCUGCUUACCUCAAACAGGAGAACUACAAAGCUGCGCUAGAAGACUGCGACAAAAGUUUACAGAUCGUCCCCAGUGACCCCAAAGCCUUGUUCAGAAGGUGCCAAGCCCUGGAGGCCCUCGACAGGUACGAGGAGGCCUACAGAGAUGCCACACAAAUAUUCAAAGACGAUCCUACCAACAAAACGGUGCAACCUGUACUGGAAAGGCUGCACAAGGUGGUGCAGGAACGUGCUAUACACAACGCGCAGACCAGCAGUAAAUUGGAGAGUAUGAUGAAGAUAGCUUUCGAUUUGACAGAGACAAUGGAUAAAAGAGAAACGGCAAUGAACAAUUUACUGGUGCUGGCGAGAGAAACCGCAGGUGCUGAACUUAUGAUCAAAUCCACUAUCGUGCAACAGAUUAAGAAACUUCUCAAAGUUGAGAAGAACAAGGAAAUUUUCAUAACCGGCAUCAGGAUCAUGGGGGAGUUAUGUAAACACGGUGACGAGAAGACCAAAAUAGUGUUGAAAGACGUCGGGAUACCUUGGUUCUUGGAAAUACUGGACUCCAACGACGAGAAACAGGUAAACACGGCAGAGCACUGCAUGCAAACUGUUCUGAACUCGUUCUCCGGCAUGGAAAAUAAACCCGAAACGAAGCCCAAGGAGGAGCUUGUGGAAAAGAACAAGAAACACAUCGAUACCCUCCUGACCUGCUUGGUAUAUUCCGUAAACAACCGAGCUAUAAGCGGUCUGGCCAGAGACGCCUUGAUCGAACUGAUUAUGAGAAACAUCCACUACAACCAACUCAACUGGGCGGAACAACUAGUCGACAUAGGCGGCGUAGAACGACUGAUGGAAUGUGCCAGUGAACUAGAAGAAUACAAGUACGAGAGUGCCAUGAACAUCACCCCAUCCACAAGAACCAUCGCCGCGGUUUGUUUGGCGAGAAUAUACGAAAACAUGUACUUUGACGUCCUCAAAGACAAAUUCAUGAACAAAAUUCAAGAUUUCAUCAAAGACAAACUAUUAACGCCCGACAUCGAGUCCAAAGUUCGAGUCACCGUCGCCAUAACGUCCCUCCUCCGUGGACCCUUGGAUAUCGGCAACACCAUCAUAGGAAAGGAAGGCAUAAUGGAGAUGAUCCUGGUAAUGGCAAAUACGGACGACGAACUGCAGCAAAAGGUUGCUUGCGAGUGCAUCAUCGCCGCCGCUAGCAAAGCCGACAAAGCCAAAGCGAUAAUAAACCAAGGGGUGAACAUCCUCAAACAACUGUACAAGUCCAAAAACGAACACCUCCGCAUAAGGGCUCUAGUAGGGCUGUGCAAACUGGGCGCUUCCGGGGGUAGCGACGCGUCCUUGCAACCGUUCGCCGAGGGCUCAACUGUAAAACUAGCAGAGGCUUGUCGGAGAUUCCUGCUACACCCCGGCAAAGAUCAGGAUAUAAGGAAGUGGGCGGCAGAGGGACUGUCGUAUUUAACGCUGGACGCCGAAGUUAAAGAGAAAUUGGUCGAGGAUAAACCAGCUUUACAAGCGUUAGUGGAACUGGCGAAAACCGGAGAUCAAUCCGUGCUUUUCGGAGUGGUCACCACCCUGGUGAACCUUUGCAACGCCUACGAAAAACAAGAAGUCAUCCCGGAGAUGAUCGAGCUGGCAAAGUUCGCAAAGCAACACAUCCCCCAAGAACACGAACUGGACGAUCCCGACUUUGUCACGAAACGAAUAUUGGCCUUGGGAAAAGCAAACUUCACCACAGCGUUGGUAGCUCUGGCCAAAACCGAAAGCAACAAUUCAAGGGAACUGAUUUCGAGGGUGUUUAACGCUCUGUGCAGCGAGCACGAACUUAGAGGUGUGGUAGUCGCGCAGGGCGGAGUGAAAGUAUUGAUUUCGCUGGCGUUGAAAGGCACCGACAAAGGAAAACGACAAGCGGCACAAGCCCUCGCCAGGAUAGGCAUCACGAUGAACCCAGAAGUGGCAUUUCCAGGACAAAGGGCCCUGGAAGUCAUCCGACCGUUCAUCUCGCUCCUACAUCCCGAUUGUAACGGUCUGGAAAACUUUGAGUCCCUCAUGGCACUCUGUAACAUCGCUCAGAUGAGCGAAGUCGCCCGGCAGCGGAUCUUAAAGGAAGAAGGCUUCUCGAAAAUCGAGCACUACAUGUUUGAAGACCACGAGUACAUCUGUCGAGCUGCCACGCAGUGUAUGUGUAAUAUGACGCAGUCGGAGGAGGUGAUAAGGAUGUUUGAAGGGGAAAACGAUAGAGUUAAGUAUGUGGUGUCUCUCUGCCUGGACGAGGAUAAGGACACGGCAAUGGCAGCCGCCGGAAUGCUUGCUAUAAUAACGGGUGCAAGCAAAAAAUGCUGCGAGAAGGUGUUUGACUCGAAAAAUUGGUUGGACUCUCUUCAUUGUCUGCUGGCCAAUCCCCUAGCGAGUAUGCAGUACCGCGGGGUUUGUGUGGUUUAUAACAUCAUAACUAGUUCAAAAGAAUUAUCUGAGAAACUUAUCGAGACGGAUAUUAUGGAGAUACUUAUGGCAUUAUCCAAGUUGCCACUUGACUCGCAAGAAAAACAAAUUGUGGAAAUCGCCUCGAAAGCUCUGGAGGAAGCCGAGAAGUGGGGUGUUAUCAAGAAGCCUGGCGAAGAAGAUGAAGAUGAUUAAUUUCAAGUACUAAAUUUUUAAAGCAUUUGUUAUGUACUUAAUGUAUUCCUAGUUUUAUAGGUGCCUUAUCCAAGUUUUUUAUUUAUACAGAUGUUUAAUAAAAUAAAAUA